AUGGCGAACUUCAACUUGUCUUCUCUCCCUCCUUCCAUGCUUCACAAGAUUCUAUCCAAGGUAGCAACAACCAGUAUCCGGGACUUUGGUUGUGCAAGAGUUUCUUUCCCCGGGUUUAAUGCAGUUGGCAGAGAAGAUUACUUUUACAAAUCUGCCGAUCUCAUUUUCUUUAAUGACUGGUUAGAUCAGGUCAAUGCUGUUAGAACAUUCAGGCUUAAGUGCUACCAACUGGGUAAUCCAGAGGCCAUCUACUUGCGAGGUAUGUAUGAAUACUUCAUCCUCCAUUUACUUGAUGAAGGAAGGGAAAAAAUUCAUCUUGCUGGUGAGAGAGGAUGCUUGUUGGCCAAAUAUGUAGAUGGUAUGAUGAACUUAGCAUUUAGCAAUGAUUAG